AUGCUGCAGCUGCGGGACGCGGACGAGUCCGGCCCGGCCGGCGGCCCCGGUAGCCCCGGCAGCCCCGGGGCCGCCACGCUGGUACCGGGGGCAGCCGGGCCGCCCUUCGAGCCGGCCGUGCCGCCGGCCCGGCAGACGCUGCGGCCGCUCAGUGUCCGCACCGCGGGCCGCGCCGGCCGCCUCCGCCAGUACUUCGUGUUCCGGCCCGGCACCAUCGAGCAGGCGGUGAGCGAGAUCCGGGUGGUCGUGCUGCCCGCCGAGGACGGGGAGGUGCAGAGCGUGUGGCUGCUCACCGAAAUCGACCACUGGAACAACGAGAAGGAGCGCCUUGUCCUCAUCACGGACUGGUCCCUCCUGGUCUGCAAGUACAAUUUCAUCAGCCUGCAGUGCCAGCAUGUGACCAGGAUUGCCCUCAGUGCUGUGGACACCAUCUCCGUGGGGGAGUUCCAGUUCCCACCCAAAUCUCUCAACAAGAGGGAAGGUGUUGGUAUCCGCAUCCAGUGGGACAAGCAGAGCCGUGCCUCCUUCAUCAACAGGUGGAACCCCUGGUCCACCAACAUCCCCUACGUGACCUUCACUGAGCACCCCAUGGCAGAUGCUGACGAGAAGAUCUCGUCCCUGUGCCGGCUGGAAAACUUUCAAACACAGCUGAUCCAGGCUGUGAAGAAAGCCCACAAGGAGGGCCCAGUGCCAGGAAGUGCCAAUGGGGUGUUGGUGCUGGAGCGGCCCAUCCUCAUCGAGACCUACCUGGGACUGAUGUCCUUCAUCAACAACGAGGCCAAGCUGGGCUACUCCAUGACAAGAGGCAAAAUUGGAUUUUAAACCCCCUUGCGUGUCACCUGUGCAAGGGCAAUGCCUGCUCUUCCCAGUCCAUGAAGUGCCACUGGAACCUGCUGCAACCCCCAGUGCACAGCAGAACCUUUGUGCCACGGCCCUGCUGUAUCCCUGUGUACGGUGUCAAAUCCUGUCGUGUGCUUGGGACUGCUUUGUGUUGUUUAAGAGGAAUUGCUGUUCCAAUCACCAUGAUCUCAGUGCUCUGACUAAUGCCUCUUAGGAAUUUUCGAAGCUGUCAGUCAGUCUUUAACAGUAUUUGCUGGCUUUUGCUAAAGCUGCACUGUUCCACCUGCUCAGCAGCAGUUUGUCAACUCAAUAUAUGCAUUUCUGAGCUUCUUGUAAAAAUCCCUUUAAGAACCUACUGGAACUUCCUCUCUACUUCUGUUUCUUUGCUGCAGCCACAGAAUAAAGACUGUUGUGAGAGAACGUUGCCAAAAGCCUCAAAAACACGUUUGCCUUCAAAGCUGUUCUUUGCAGAACUGAAAAGGAAUUCUAUUUUGGUUAGAUUAAUACUCUUACCAUUUUUCUUAAAUCUACUCUAGUUUGGGCCAGGACUUUUUAAUGGAGACAGAAAACUUUCAGCACUAUGUGUCAGCCUUGGUUCAUACAUUCCUGCAUUGAACCUCUCAUCCAGGGAUGAAAUUCAGAAGCAGCCCAAGAGAUUACAGCUGUAAUUGCUCAGGAGGUGACUCUAACAAGCUUUCUCCUUAUGCAUGACCUUCUUUCCAUGCCUUUUUAUCAGAGCAUUUAUCUGCUGGAUGAAAAUUGUGCUGCAGUGGUGGGGUUUUUUGACCUUAAUGUAGGUCAAAAAUGUAGGUGAGUGUUUGUGAAACUCCUGUUGCAGUCUGUCCUGACUCCAGCUUUCCAAGCUUCUCCAUGUGUUUUCUAAGUUACCUGUUCAAUUUUCACUAACCUUACAGUAAAGUUAAAUUUCAACUCUUA